AUGGCUCUCAUUAACCCCGUUCACGGCCUCGUAGUGCCGUUCCUCUGCAUGUUCACCAUCCCGCUCGCCAUAUUCGCGGGCAUCACGACGGCUUUGGCGUUUUCGGUUCUCAUGUUUCGUGUCGCUGUCGUCUAUCUCGACAUCGCCCUGACGCUUAUUCCCCAGUAUUUUGUGUCCCGCAGCAGACCCCGCAUUCUUUCAUCCAGUGCCGUUUCCGGCACGGGCAACCACGAGCAUCAGCACAGCUAUUCGCGAGACGGUCGCCCACGUUCCCGCCACUCUAGUCAAGUGAGCCUGGCGUCCAUCGGAACCAUCACGCCCAUCCACGAAGACGAGGUAACACCCCUCAUCACCGAGUCUGGCCUGACGCCGUCGGUUGGCAUGGACCGUGAUUUCGAAGGCAUCGGCGGCUGGCGGCUGGACGACGACGGUGACGACGCCAACUGGGCCAACAUCAACUCCAGGCUUGAACUGCCCCUCGAGCGGUCUUCGACUCGGCGAUCGCAGAGCGCCGGCCCUGUCACGCCGGGCGAGGGGACAUGGCUGAUGAUGAAAGGGACACAUCAAGACAGCCAGGAGGAUAAGGACUGGGAACGACACUUUCAUCACAGCCCCGGCAAAGGGCUGACGCCUCCGAACAGCAGCCGCCUCAGAAGCAUGCAAAUGCCUGCGGCGUUGACAACACUGACCAAGGAGCAUACUUCACUCCCGAUCUGA